AUGCAAGUUGCCGUCAUGACAACUUGUCCGUCUCAUCGUCGCGUUGUCGCACCCACGGCAUAUUUGGCAACACAUCUUCUCAGUUUGUAUGCUUCAAUCAACGACACACUAUUGUUUCGCGGCGCUUGUGCUUCACAUGAUCGCUUGCGUGUACCCCUCACCCCAAAAAGAGCGUUGAUGCGUGCGCUUGAAUCGGCUAGUCAUCCGGAUAUCAUACCGUUGUCUGGGUUGCAAUGCGACAUGAACGGAAGUCGUGAUCGCGUGUUGAUGCAUGCAUGUACUGUGAUGCAGAGUGAUGUGUUUUUAACCCCGGCACUGUGGCUCGUUUACGCACAACUAUUCACUAGUGGAAUCUACAGUGCCGGUACUGUUGAAUCAACGCUUCGCGAUGAAACCGACCGGGCUGGAAUCCUGUGGAGUCCGCGUCCGGGGAGCGGAAACGGCACUAUCCCCAAUCGUUGCGUUUCACUUCAACCUCAGUCGGACGCGAACGAAGUUGAUGCGAAUAUUCUGCGUCAUGCAAGUUUCCCCAGUGGAACAAGCAAGCCUGAACUACGCACUGCUGGCACCCAGCAUGAAACUAGUAACCAGUCGAGUUCUUCCCAAGCCCCUGUCUCAUUGUUCGAAGUACCACCAUCCGAUGUGAAUCGUUAUGGUCCGACCGCUCAUACGCGCACACAACCUUAUUCAAUCCCUUCCUCAUCGCAUUCCCACUCCGGUUUUCCCCAACCGUUGGAUACAAAUACCCAGUUUGUCCCAGGAAUAACUUCGGCUUCCACUCGCCUCGGUGCACCGCUUGCACAACCUGUGGGUGGGAGCAAAUUCGUCGCGCAAGCUUCCAGUUCAGCCGGUUGUUACUACAAUUUGGCUUCUUUAGAUACUGUACAGUCAACCCCGUUCACAUCCGUCACUUCUCCUGUGGUUAGCGCUCCAGGUCUUGGGGCAUCCGCCGUGUUGGAUGCAGUAUCAAGCGCCGCUCUGUUGAACCAGUUGAAUUCCACUCAAGCUGGGACUGUAAUUGGACCGUAUCGGUCGAAUGGCGUGCCGAACACCAUUGCUCCGGCUCCGAUUUAUGCAUGUAAGUUACGUGAUCCAACCCGUAGUGUUCAAUAUGCAUCUAGCAAUAAGCUUUGGUCUCUAACCAUUGUGCUGUAG